CACACUCGCACUCUCGCGCUCGGGCGCACACAGUACAGACACAGGCGCCCGGAGCGAGCUAGCGAGCGGCGAGCGGGAGACCCACCGGACUGAGCCAGGCGAGCAGCCAGUGAGCCGAGCCCGCGACGACCCCACGCCCCCGAGCCCACAGUCGCCCCCCGCUGGCCGGUGUCCCCGUCGCCCUCCCUGACCCAUGGCGCUGAAGCGGAUUCAGAAAGAAUUAAGUGAUUUGCAACGUGAUCCACCAGCUCACUGUUCAGCUGGACCUGUGGGAGAUGACUUGUUCCACUGGCAAGCAACUAUUAUGGGGCCUCCUGAUAGCGCAUAUCAAGGUGGAGUCUUCUUUCUCACUGUACACUUUCCGACAGACUAUCCUUUUAAACCACCAAAGAUUGCUUUCACAACAAAAAUUUACCAUCCAAACAUAAACAGUAAUGGAAGUAUUUGUCUCGAUAUCCUGAGGUCACAGUGGUCACCAGCUCUGACUGUAUCAAAAGUAUUAUUAUCCAUAUGUUCUCUACUUUGUGACCCUAAUCCAGAUGACCCCUUAGUACCAGAUAUUGCCCAAAUCUAUAAAUCAGACAAAGAAAAAUACAACAGACAUGCAAGAGAAUGGACUCAGAAAUAUGCAAUGUAAAUUCAAAAUUUUUUUCAUAUAUACCAGAGUACUGUAAAAUCUAGUUUUCUUUUUCCCAAUAUUAGCAGUAAAUUGAGCACUGUUUACUGUUUCAGUGUACCAUGAGACCCUUUGAUUUUUAUCUGUUUUAAAUGUGUUUCUGAAAAGCAAGACAAAACAAACUUCCAAAAAUGCCCACAAGACUGUGACAAGAGCAGGUACCAUUUUUGUAUGCAUUGAGAAGGACAUUUAUUGUGGAUUUUAAGAUACCUGGACAUCUGCAUCUUCAGCUUACAAGAUCUACAAUGCAGCUGAAAAGCAACCAAAUUAUUUUUUUGCUGAAACUAGGUGUUUUUACAUGAAAAAUACUGUAUGUGUUGUCUAAGAUGUCGUCAGUUUUAUAAAUCUGUCUUCAGAUCUCAUUCUUUGUUAGCUCACUUUAUAAUUUGUAUUUUUUUACUGUAUAGACAAAAUAUAUUCUAUUUACUAUGUGUGUCCACUCAUUACUUUUUUUUCCUGUGAACAGUAUUGAAGAAACUCAACAGCUAAUAAUUAAAUGAAUUAACUAUCUGUCUCCUUUGUCUUAGGAUACUCUGUAGAUUGAUGGAUGAUUUCUGAAACCUGAAAUGAUCUUUACACUGUAAUUCUCAAUAUACUGAUUAUGGAGAAACACUUGUUUUAAUUUUGUUAUACUUGACUGAACGUUAUUGCAAUGUGAAUUAAUUGCACUGCUAAGUAGGAAAAUGUGUAACUUUUAUUUGUUGCUAUUCACAUUUGAAUUUUUUUUUUCUGUAUAGGCAAUAUUAUAUUGACACCUUUUACAGAUCUUAAUGUAGCUUUUUCCAUAUAAAUAAAAUGCUUUUUCUACUACUUGUCUUCAUUACUUAUGAGAAAACAAUUUAAUU